CGCGCACAAAACGGCGACUUGGCGCAGUGACGCCGUGCCAUCUCGCCACCGUUCGACGCACCGACACAUCGUGCAAAUUGGACAAGAUGACGGCGGCGACAGAAUACUCCAACGCAUACGUCGUCGUGAAAGAGGGUGCGGGGUGGAGGAGUCGGGUGUGGGUUCCGUUGGGGUUCGUCUACGUCGCGUUCAGCGUCGGAUGCAGUCUCGCGUACACGGUUCUCCUUGCCGAGUACACGACCAACGACUACUGGUGGCGCCAGUUCAACACGACUGGCGGCCAGACCUUUAUCGCGGACCUCUUCAACGAUAUGAUCACGUUGCGGCAACUCGGCGCAUUUGACCUGUACGACGCGGCCAGGCUCAGCGCCUACGACGACAGAGUGACGUUCAUUGACAUGCCUGCCACGGCGGCGCGUCGGCUCGUCAUGACCGCGAUUCCACUCGAGAAAGCGCUCGCGACCAUUCGUCAAAACAGCUUGUACGAGAAUGCGUACUCGAUCGUGGCCCACUGCUGGGUGGAUUUCGACCGUCGGUUCGAAAUGGCGCACACGGCGGCGCGGCAACGGCGUUGCGCUAGCCGCCGCCUCGACAACGCUGGCGUGUACUUGGAAGUUGUGCUGCGCAACGUCGACUACGACGACUUGACGCUGUCGUCGUACGGCAUCCAGGUCCACCAAACGAUCCUGGCUCCGAUUCACGCGAUGCCAGGUGGCCCGGCGUGGGUGACCAGUGUGUACAACCACACGCUCCAGUGGAUACCUGCAGAGGACGAAGUCUCGUUGUGGCGGCGCCAUGGCCUUCGGCACUUUACGUUGCAGUUCCAGAACCGAUUUCAGUAUGGCUUGGACAGCAGCAUCACGAUUGUGAACGCCAUGAUGGUGACGAAAACAAUGACGAUUGCCACGAUGCCGUACAUCGAUCGAGGCCUGGCGUCGUGGUCGACGCGCACGAUAUCGGUCGGGCUCUGGAGCGACAUGGUGAAAGCAAUCGGGUUUGGCGCGAAUCUCGUGCGCAACUCCAACAUGUCUGUCGAAGCGGUCGGCCGCGACUGGGAGAUCGCGUACUUUGGGUCGACGUCGACGGUCGGGACGACCUUGAUGCGACAGUAUAUCGGACCCCUGGCGAACUGGGACACCACGCACGUGCUGCCUCCGCAGUCGCUGGUCGAGCUCGUGGUGGCGUUCCAGGCGCGCUUUCUCGCCGCGAUUUCUCGAGGGGACCCUUCCAUGGCGAUGGUAAUGAACUCGCUUGUCCCAUUCGACAUCGAAGUGGCGCCACCCCGGUGGAUAGGCGACAACAUGGCGUAUUACGGCGGCAAUCCCAUCUGCGCCCAUGCCACGACGGGCCGGUCGUAUGUCCAAAUGCCGUUCUCGUUUGACGACACAUGCCAAUCCCAAACACCGUUUCACAUAUCGCUGGAUGCCCCAGGCGUGGUGUUUGCCAUGCUCUUAGCCAACAUCACGGCACCGGAGAGCAUCUUCGAUGCCUGCUCGUGCGCGACGGCGGCGUUCACGGCAGCGUGCGAACAAAUCCUCGCGACGGCACUCGCCCCACUGCCUGCCUUCCAGUCCACGUUGGACGCACAACUGCUUGUCGCUGCCAUGCACGACAUUGAAGUCGUCAACAUCUCGCUCAUGCAGAUGGCCACCGUCAACGUGUCGAAGAACGUGCUGCUGGUGCAGCCCAUCGUAGGCGACACGGCGUGGUCGCUUUUUGGAUGGGCUACCUUGUUUGACUGGGUCGACGGCACACGGGAAGUGUUUACGUUUGAGGGCGACGCGGGGGCUCUCACGCUCAUGUCUGACCGCAGUGACGACGUCCAUGUGGCCGCGAAUACACUCGAGCUGCCCAAGGCUGCAUGUUUGUACUUUUGGACGGCGGUUGUGUGGGUGAGCGUCCUGGCGGGAGCAGUCAUGUGCCUGUCGUUCGUGUAUGCCGCCAUGGACAAGUUUCAAAUCGAGGGCCGCAACCUGUUCCAGUUCAAUCGAGUGGUUGGGAGCGUCUGGAUCGGCCGUCCGCUUCUCUUUGUGCGGGGGAUCACGGCCAUCAUAAUCGUCAGUACGGCCCCGGCCACGAUCGUCCACGACCGCGUCACAUCCUUUGUGCGCUAUCAUCGACCGUGGACGUCCCAGUUGCUCUUGUACAGCGAGUCGCUCUGGACUGUCUACGUCAUGAAUGACAUCGUGUUGCCCAUCACGACCCACCUGCAACUCGCCAAGGAAGUCGCGCCACUGAGCAGUGUCCUGGCGUUUGUGGGCACCAUGAGUCUGGACAUCCUGGCGCCGUAUGAAGUGCAGGCAACGACCAUGCUAGACUGCACGUACACGUCAUUUCGUCGAGGGGUGUCAUGUUCGAAUGGCGAGAUCAAAUUGGGAAGUGGCGAACGGGUCGCGCACAUUCUCGGUCUUCAACUCGCGUCUCUGAUCGUGGCGCAGCUCGUCGUGGUCGGGUAUUCGUGGCGGUACCCAAGUCGUCGCCCCCCGCGAACGGGGACUCUCAACCACGUACUCAUUCCCGCAGCGACGGAAGCGUACUUUGUGCGGUCGGCAGGGUCGUCGGCGUCGUCGAGGCAUCUGGACGCCGUCGCAUGCGUGAUGUCAGGGAUGCUGCCAUGGCAACAGAAUUUGUUUGACUUUAAGAUCUGGGCCACCGUUGAAAGGCACAAUCAACACCGGCGCAUGUCGUUCCUGGAUGCCAAGUUCAAGCACCUGACGGCGGCCAUGACGGAGCCACCCAAGUUUGGCCCGAUGCACUCGUGGCUAGGGGGUGUCGGGCUCUUAUACAUGGUCACGUCGAUCUCGGGGUCGUACGCAUUUCUCCAGUUGACGCAGGCCGCGAUGGCCAACGAUAUCUGGUGGGCGUUGUUCGACACAAACACACAAGUGCACUUGAGCAACUGGUUCAACCAGAAUUUGCAACUUCGCAGCGUCGCCAGCAACGUGAAUCUCACAGCACUUGGGCAUGGAGCGCUCGCAUUGACGACCAAUACGUCGGCCACCGCCCUCCAAGUCGCCCCGUUGUAUGCAAGCUCCGUCCAAGACGAAGUGAACUCGCUCGCUAACGUCAUCCAGAGUCUGCGUCAACUGGAAACGUGCUCCAUCCCGUGGGUCAUGACUGCGUAUUGCUAUGUGGACUUUUCCAGGCGAUGGGAGAUGGCUGGCACGGCAGCGCAGCAGCGACGAUGUGCCCGUGACCUGGGCAAUGCGGCAGUGUACUUGGAAUCGGCCCUUCGCAACACGGACUGGACCGAAUUCGGUCGUUGUUGGGGCCAUGCGUUCGACGUGGGGGUGUUUCAGCACUUGCAGUCGUCUCGGGAUGGGCUCGCGUGGCUGUCAGAGACGCAACAUGCCAUGGCCACCACGUCCGUGCCAAGUGAAGUCGCAGUGUGGGCAAACGCAAACAUGUCGAGCUACGGGACGCAGUGGCAGAAUUACAAGAGUUUAGGUGUCGUCGAGACGUUUUCGAUUCAAAACGCGUUUGGGUGGCAAUAUCCAUUGACGCUCAAGUACUCGAACGGGUCGAUGCAGCUCUUAGUACAGACGACGCUCAAGAUGCAGCGGCCGCUAGCCCACGACUUGCUGGCAAUCAUGUCCAACUCGAGCCGAGUGUGUGGUCAGAGCCUCGUUCGGAGCAGCUCCGCGUUCGCCUACUUGAACGCGACUGUCGAAGACGCGCUCGUGGACGCAAGGCUCCUUGUGCCUCCACUGGGCGUGGGGUUUUCCCUGACGCGACAAUUCCUCGGUCCAUUUGGCUCGAUCACCAUGAAGCGCGUCGCGUGCCCGUUGCCCUUACGGGAACUGUACCAAAGCAUCACGUUUGCCCUCACCGAGUUGCUCGCGUCCGACCAGGAAGCGCAGCACACCAUGUGGCCCAUCUACUCGUCGUUCACGGUGUCCCCUCGACCGAAAAUGUGGAACUCGGUGGGUCUUGGCGGCGGAAACGUCCUGUGUGAAUUCAACCCGGCCGAAACCACGACCAAGAUCCCUGGUAUCGCGUUCAGUUCAGCGGGCUCGUGCGGCCUGAAUUUGCAAGAGUUUAUCAUCGGCGACACAAAGGUCCUUCUCGAAGCGCUUAUCGCGGCGGGCAACGUCAGCGUCCCCGCCGUCGCUCAGCUCGAGAUCCGCAACCCUACCAGCACACUUGCCGUGCUCCACGACUCGGUCGACCUCUUGUCGACGCACCUGGAUCGAGGCACGGCCAACACACUGCACGCACGAGCCCAAACCGUAAAACACGUCGUUCGAGACGACGUUCGGCUCGCGAUGGUCCAAUUCAUCCGUCGAGGGUCGAAUGGACCAUACAGUCUGAGCCACAUGGUGCUUUUCAACGAGUCCGACGUCGAUUUUGACGUGUACGCGUGGCUCUAUGUGUUCAACUGGGUGCAAGGCGUGCGUGAGGUCGUGUCGUUUGAGGGCGACAUGGACAACUUGACCCUCUUGUCGAGUGCGACAAACCUCUUGGACCUCGCUGUGAAUCCCAUGGAAGUGCCGUCGAAUGUGGCGUACUACAUCCGGUACUUGGUCCAGUACAUCACGUUAGUCAUGUUGUGUGUGGCGGCGGUCGUGUGCCUUUGCAUCGUCGCGUUGCGAGGGCGCGUGGAAGCCGUCAACAUGAUCGUAUUCAGUCGCCUUGCGGGCCUCGUGUGGAUCGGACGGUCGUUCCUGUUUGUGCGCGCGCUCAGCGCGAUCUGCCUCUUGUCCACGUCGACGCUGGUGCUGAAAAGACCGCUGGAUGGACUCGUGUCGUACUUUGAGUCGACGCACCAGCCAUGGUACAUGGUCGUUCUCGCCGCCGGAGAGCUCAACUGGAUGGUGUACAUCAUAAACGAUGUCUUCUCGGUUGUGACGAAGCAGUACACGGCCAGUUAUGCUCGAUCGAGCUUCUUUGUCACGUGGAUCGCGUCGGCAGUAUGGGUGUUUGUUGCGCCACCGACUUUGUCCGUGACACUCGCGAGGAACUGCACGGCCGUGGCAAUCGACUUGCAGGUCGUGUGCAGUAGUGGAAUCGUGGAAAUUGGUAGCGUCCGGCACUUUUAUAGCCUCCUUGCAUUGGUGGUCGCGUGCUGUGCUUUAUGCUACGCCGCCGAGCGUGUGUGGCGGGCGAGGACGAAAACGGCACCACCUGCUCCAUCCCAAGGAUCGUUGCUGUUGUACGCGGCAGCAAAGCACCACUUUCGCACGGACAAGUGGGAUUACAUGGGCACGCAAUACAUCGACAAGGCGUCCGCGGUCCUCACGGGCAUUUUGUCUGUCGAAGGGCAUGGCGCGUUGUAUAUCUUCGACAUCAAGACGUGGCGCGUGUACGUGAUAUCAAUCCACGAUAUGAAUGACCAAGCCACGGAAGCUCCGCUGCAUCUUCGGCAUGCGCUUCCCCUCGUCGAGUGACUUUUCAUCGUUGCGAGAACGACGAAUUUACUUGCAUCGGACGCAGUUCUACGUUUUUCAACACCCAACGCAUAUAAAUUUGGCCCACACUCCCCUCCAAGUGGGUUCUUGCUCCAUGCUUCAUUCCGUCAAAAUCACCGAGUUCGCCGAGCGCCGCCAGACAAGGUAAACUGGCUGGGUCUCGCCCUCCACUCGGGGUUUGUUGCACGAGGACAAACGAGUCCGCGAUAUGCAUGGACUUGGUUCGAAGAGGUUGUAAACGUACAAAGAGUACUCUCUGGCGUUUGAGUUCCUGUUGAGAGACUGCAGGACGAUUCUUGGGCACGCAGGGCAACCGACAGCCCAACGCCCGCUUGAUAACGACGAUGAUCGGCUGGAAGUGCGCGACCAGGUUCAUUGUUAUCAAUCUGCCAAGAAAUCGUUGUGCCCGUGGCCGUGCUCCCGACGGCGUCGUUCUUCCAAACGACCCUUGGAGCAAAUGGUCACGUGAGCCUCGUGCUCGUCGAGCCUACACAUGUGGGAAUCGUUCAGCGAGACUGAAUUUGCCUCUUGUGCCGCUUUUGUUUGUGUUGUAAAACUUUAACUCACGGUCCAGAAGGACAGACCCCACCAAGGUCGCAAGUUGGUCAAGUGCAGUCAAUCGUUGAAUUCGUGAAAGUUCUUUGAAAGGGAGUUGAAUGCCACGUUCGCAGCCCCGUUGGACGUCGCCCAGUUGCUGACCGAAGUAAGUUUCAAACGUGCAAGCUUUUGCUCACUUUUCAUGUUGCUUUAGUUUCGUAGUAUCUCGAACCCCGGCAUGUCGAUGGCGGUUGUGAUAAAUUCUCCAGCGGCAGCAAGCAAUUGAAUCAUGUACCUCAUUCUUGUAGAAGUCCAGAAGUCGAACUUGGCUAAGUGCAUGGAAGCGGUCGAUACCCCUGCAGCGCUGACCCAUCGAAAUGACCCCCUGCGGCUUUUCGUUGAUCGCAGUUGCUAAUGCCUUCUGGAUCAUGUCUUGUCCCUGUAGGCUUCGGUAUUGCUUGCGACAAGGUGUUAUGGUCUACGGUUUCGUGCAUGAAGUUCUCCGUGUCUUCGUCAUGCUUGUGCAUGUUGCCAGUGGCCUCUCCAGGCUUGUGUGAAGCUCAUGCUCUUGUCGGCGCGGCUGGAGCGAUAAUCGUCCUGGGGACCCGUCGUCGCUCCAUUGCCGUUGGCGGUCGGAUUUUUCUAUUGGAACGUCGGAGAAGACGCCACGAAUGC